CAACAUGGCGUCUAGCGGCGGCCGGUCACAGAAGGAGGAGGAGAAAGGCUGAAGAAGAGGAGGAGGAGGAGGAGGAAAGAGCGGAACGAACGCUCGCAACUCGUCCUCAUCGGACUAAAUCCAUCCACACAGUUUUCAAAUGAAGACCACGCCCCCUCUUCCUCAUCAACAGCGUCGCCCUUCACGUGUACCCAAAUAGGAAUCGGAAUGGCCAGCUCGGCGUCCCCCUUUGAACUCCUGCCUCCGCCUGCCACGGUGGGCUUCCUCAAGUUGUCCCGUCCGUGCUGCUACGCCUUCCCGGCGGGCUUGGGCGACUGCGCCUUCUUCGCCGUCAACGGCUUCACGGUACUGCUGGACGGCGGCUCGGAUCCGCAGGCUUGCUUCUGGAAGCUGGUGCGCCACCUGGACCGCGUGGACGCCUUGCUGCUGACCCACGCCGGCGCCGACAACCUGGGCGGCAUCAACAGUUUUCUGGAGAGGAAGUUGGCUGAGACAGAGUUGGACACGAUGAAGGACGAGGGGUCGGCGAAGCUCAUUUCCCCGGAGCUCGGGGUGGUCUUCUUUAACUCUCCUGAGAAGUUACAGUCACGUCCGGACGACGCAGAGAAGACAACAAACCAGGCAGCUCGAACCGUCCGCCUGUUAAAGAAGUUAGAUAUCCAAGCCCGGCCCAUGUUUCGAGCGCCGCUGGUCCCCCCCGAGCCCAUCACCCUCUUCCAAAAGAUGGGCGUGGGACAGCUGGACUUGUACAUCCUCAGCCCAGCAAAAACCAGCCAGGAGUACCAGACGUUCAUGCGAGAGUGGCCCGACUGCACGUCCCCUCAAGGGCUCCCCCUCGCCGCCCUCGCGUCGGUGUCCGCCCUCUUCGUGUGGCACCCGGCGUGCGCCGACGAGAAGGUGGUCCGGGUUCUGUUUCCCGGCGUAACUCCGCAGGCUAAACUGCUGCAAGGUUUAGAGAAGAUCAAGAACCUGCCCUUCCUUCAAAAACCCACGGUGACCACCGGGGACCUGGAAAGGAUUGGAUAUAGCGAGAAGACAAAAAGAGCAGAGAGCCAAGAAGGAGGGAAGGAGGUGCCCGCCAAAACGGGAAAAGAGACAAAGGGGAAACUACUGGUCAUCAAGAACGGCUCCAAGAAAGCCAGCGCCAAGGAUGCCAAAAAGAACGCAAAGCAAGGCGGCAAGGAGGAAAGUGCGGUCUUGAGGAACGCUGGCGGAAAGAAGGAGACCCUCACGUCCAGACCGAAGAACGACAACAAAACUAAGCUCAAAAAAGACGCCAAAAACGACUCCAAAACGACACCCAAAAAGACAAAGAAGACACCCGCAAAGGACGUCAAGACCCAAUUGCAACUUAGCGACUCGGCAAGACCGGUCAGUGAGGUUCUGACGGCUGAUUUGAUCAAAUCUCAGGAGGAAACAGAAAAAACAGAGGUGAUGACCGUUAAUGGGAAGAAAAAGACAUGUGACAAGGCGGCCAUGGAAAAGCCCGGAGAAGGAGCCCAGCCGCAGGGUGCCAAGACUCCGGACCAGCUCGGAAAGCCACCGGCAAAAGUGGUGGGAUUCCCAUCCCCGUUGAAGAUGAACGACCCGAGCGCCGAGUUGGACCUGACCCCCACUGAGUACACCCUCCUGGACGGGGCUUUGAGAACCAGCCCACGCUCACGAUCGUCCUCCGAUAACCAAGUCACCUCGGAGGAAAGGACGGUCGGGCAGAGCUCCCCGGAUUCCCGGCCCAACAGCGCCGGCCACACUCCUUACUGUCUGUCGCCGGAUGACAAGUGGUGCAACAGAGACACCCUAAGCAGGCUGCAAGCUCAGGAACAGCCAGAAGCUGCCCACACCGGCAUCCCAUCCAAGCCCAACCCCAGAGAGAAAGACCCGACUUCCCUUUCUCUGGGACCUUUGAAGGUCGGCGCCUCCGACCCGUCCCCCUCGGUGGCUAACACAACCACCACCACCACCUCCACUCACUCCAUGCCAGCAGAGGUGAGCUCGCCUCAGUCCACCGAAGUGGACGAGUCGCUAUCCAUGUCUUUGGAGCAUGGCCCCGCCUCAGGGGGUCAGCGGGAGGCGGACGAGACCGCCCACCAUCCCAACGGCGGUCGCUUUGUGUCCAAGAAGCCCAUCAAGUCCGAAACGGGGCGGGCUCCGCUUCCGGGCGCCUUGCAUUUCGAGAGCCCGGCUCACGACGUGGACCUGUGUCUGGUUUCCCCUUGCGAGUUUAAGCAUUUCAAGCUUCCAGACUCCGACUCGGGUGACCACGCCCACAAAGCCGCCGCCAAGGACGUGACGCCAAACGAAUCGACCAUCUGCAUGGAGGACUGCCCGUCCACCACGGCUGAAGUGGUCCUGGACUCGGACGAGGAGGAGUCGUGCAGCAUUCCCACGAACCUCUGCGGCUUUCAGGCUCUACCCCGGGACCCGGUUCCCGCCCGGCGCAGGGAUAGCCCACCGCUGCCUCCGCGUCCCGACACCACCAUGCCUGUCCCGCUGUCUGACGCCGGUGGGAAAAAAGGAAAAAACAGUGGUGGGCGAGCGACCGCACCUGGGGCGACGGACGCUGCACCAAAGCCGAGUCUGGGGAAAACCCGGCCAGGAAGCGUUAUCACAAAGGCGAAAAAGGACCCGCCGUCGUCACGCGCGUCCAACAAUCGUUCAGCAAAAUCGGCGCCGGCAGAGUCACGGUGUCCCUCCUCUGCCGAGGACGUGAGCCUAUUCGUGGACCUGGCCUACGUCCCCUCCGGAGUGUCGUCAUCCACCGUGGGCGUGGACUUCUUCAAGAGCGUCCGCUCCACCUGCUACGUCGUUAGCGGCGAUUGCCCAGAGAGGGAGAAGGUCAUGCGGCAAACGCUGGACGCGCUGCUCCUCGCCAAGACGGGCUGGGAGCACGCCACGCAGGUGACGCUGAUCCCCACCUUCGAGUCGGCGUCCAUGCAGGACUGGUACCUGCAGACGGUGGAGCGUCAGAAGGAACUGGACGUGCUGGUCCUGGGCUCCAACAGCACCGUGGCCAUGCAGGACGACACUUUCCCCGCCUGCAAGAUUGAGUUCUGAGGGCUGCCGUCUUCUUAUGCUACCGACAGGCUAGCAUCGCAUGACGUCUAUGUUGAGUAUCAGUUUAAAUAAUCGAUCCUUGAAGGCAUGACACGGUCACGUCUAAAUUUCUUGUGAACUCUUCUGCCAUGAAUGAAUGGAUGGUGAUACCCUCGACGAUUUCUGCAUUUCAUCUGCAUCAGCUGGGAUGAGCAAAACUAACCCAACUCAGCAAAGAAAACGAUCAAUCAAUCAAGCUGCUAUUGUGAUUGUAAUCUGUUGAUACUGGAGGUGCUUGAAUGGGAUUGUAAUGCAAGACGACAUCGCUUGUUAUUCUUGCCUGUGAGUCACAUAGUCAUAUUUUGUAAGGCCCGGCUUUUUUUAUCACCUCAUAUUAAUUAUUUUAAAAACCUGAUGAUUUUUAUUUUUGCUGAUUCUUUAAACACAACACAAUGACAUUCUCUCUGUUGUAAAGUUAACAUUAUUGAGCAACGUUCUGGAAAAUAGUCAAAUGUUCUGCUUGUAAUUCAUAUGUAUGAUCAGAAUUUUACUGUGCCAAAUAUCAGACCCUGCAUCGGCCGGGCCUUAAUAUUUUGCACAUCAUAAAGAAUGGAGAUGACUUUAUGUAAAUAAAACAAAUCAUAGAUGAAUCAUUGAAA